UCUACGCUUAUAGGCUAACCAUUCAUUAAAGAUCUAGUUAAAUGAAUGCUCUCUCUGCUGUGACAUAGAUGUUAAAUUAGUUAAGAAUUUUUGUGCCAAGAUCAGAGCCUAAUCAGUUUCAUAAUAAGAAUAAAAUUGUGUAGUUUAUUGUCAUCAUUCCCUAUGACGGGAAUAAUUCAUACAAGAACUCAUUCUUCUAAAACCGCAUUUGUGAAAUGACUAAAGAUGUCAUUAACAAAACACUUGGCAAAUACUACACAAUGUCUCAUCAUAUAAAUAAAAAGUUCUAAACAUUUAUAUUUAUAUGUGAUAAUAGGCUAUUAGUUUGAAAGUGAUGUAGUACUGUUAAAUAGAAAAAAAAAAAACAACUUGUUUUAAGGUAUUGUAAUAACUGAAGGGAGGCAACUCAACGAGACAAAGAUCCUUAUUUACACGAGGACAUCACAAACACAAAGGGGCAUCUGCCUUGAGCACAGCAACUCCAUAUUGGCUCUCUUCUUGGGAGGAAAUCGUUAGUCUCCUAAUGUCAACAUCCGACUUGUUUGGUCACAGAUAGUGCGCACCUUCUUUCUGCACUAUCUUGGAUGGCGGUGCGCAUGGCAAAGUCAAAGUCAUAACAGUAUUUUGAAAGAAAUGUGUAGACAUAUAUACGUCUGUGUCGCAUAAAUCGACUUAAAUAUUACAUCCUAAAAUUGUCUAAUUAGUGGGCAGUCUGACAUCAUGACAAACGUCACCCUAGGAUAUGACAUCUGGGUGAUUGAGGACAACAUCCGGGAGAUGUUUGUGACCAUCACCUGCUGCAUCGUCAACGCCAGCAUCGCCUUUUUCGGCAUCAUCUUUAAUACGUUAAACGUAGUGGUCUUCAUCAAGAUGGGCUUUCAAGAGACGACUAACAUUAGCCUCAUGGGUUUGACCAUAUCGGACCUCGGCUGCCUGCUGACGCUUGAAUGGAUCUACCUGUGCUUCAACCCUCUCUUCAGCAAUGCCGGGUUGCCCUUCGUGUCGUUUGAGAUCGAAUAUAUAACCGGGGGUUGGCCCCAUGUCUGUUUCGCGAGAAUCACUGCGUUUAUUACAGCUUUCGUCACGUUUGAGCGAUGCCUGUGUAUAGUCAGACCUCUAGAGGUCAAGAGAAUUCUGACUCCAGCAAGAACAUUUUAUAUUAUAGUUGGUAUUUAUGUCCUCAUGUUCGUCAGCGUGAGUCCAGCUUUUGGGGUCAACCUUCUUCAGUGGAAGUUUUACUCUUCUGAAAAUAAAACCAGAAUCGGUAUUGUGUACACAGAAAAUCGAAACGAAGUGGAAAGAGUUUUGUUUGCGACCAAUAACUCUUGCGGCUACAUCGCUUUCCUAAUGGUCUCCCUUUUCACCGCCGUACUCAUUUCACGACUAAAACUCAAAGGAAGAUGGCGCCAGGAGUCGGUGGCAGCAGAUCUAGCCGGGUCUGCUUUGUCACGUGACCGGAAGGUGAUGAAAAUGGUUCUGACUAUAUCAGCCGUUUUCAUCGUAUUCUCUUUCCCCAUCACAAUCGUCUUCAUCGGAACGAUGGCGUAUCCUCAGUUUGGGACUGGCGGGAAAUACGCCAACCUCUUCUAUAUGUGUGCCCAGUCAGCGUACUUAAUGGAGAUCAUCAACUCGAGCGUGAAUUUCUUUAUCUACUUCAUGAUGAGCGCUAGAUUUAGGAAAACUGUUUCUGGUUGGUACCGAGACAUUGUCAAGAUCAAAAAGUAG